AUGGAUAGCUCAAUGCCAAUUGAAAAUUCAAAGUCUCCUUCUCUCGCACUCAUGUCUGACGCUGGAAUCAUCGCUCAACUUUUAGAACUCCAGCCGGUGAUCGGCUCUGAAAGGAACGUUUGGGCCUUCUGGAACAGAGGUCUUUCAAACUGUCCGGCCUGGUGCCAACGUAACGUUGUCAGCUGGGUUCGCCGACUCGCACCAUCAUGGACCGUCCGCGUGUUGGACUGUGUCGAAGGAUCUCCGGUCCACAUCUCGAAGUACGUCGACGACUCAUUCUUCCCUGAAGUCUUCAAUCAGCAGAAACUGGCCGGUCCACACGUCGGACCUCAUACCGCCGAUCUGGUGCGCCUGCCGCUGCUUUACCUUUAUGGCGGCGUCUGGCUCGACGUUGGAUUUCUCCUCUUCCGAAGUCUGGACGAUCUCUGCUGGAAGAUGCUUGCGGAUCCCACCCAACCAUUUGAAAUGGCCGGAUUUAGGAUCGCGUUUAGCGCCGAGCGAAACGCCAUGUUUAACGGCUUCAUUGCUGCCCGGAAAGGCAACUCCUGCAUCAAACACUGGCACGACAUCUGCCUGGAGGUCUGGCGCGGCCGCACUACAACUUUCAGUCGAGAUUUCGAGCUUUCUUAA